UUCAAUGUGUAACUACUCAACGAAAUUCGUGUUCGACUGCUUAAAAACGCAAAACCGACAGCAAAAAAUUUCAUUCAUCGUGAUUCACUGGAUUUUGUAACAGUGUUCCAUGUAAUUUUUUUUUAAUGUGUGUGACAUGAAACAAUACAAUAUUUUUUUUUAUCGAAAAAGAAAACAUUUUUCAAGUAGAGACAAAUAAUAAAAUAAAACAAGUGAUGCAAUAAAAGUGUUUAUUGAAAUAAAAAACUAGUCGAUAUCAAAAAGAGGGAAUAAAAGAAAAGAGUAAAAAAAUAAGCAAUUCGUGAUAAAAUGUGUCAAUUUGCAGCAAGGCGAAACAAAUUUCACAAAAUUUAAAAGAAAAUUUCAAGUGGUGUACUUCGGGAUAGACAAAAAACGAAAGAAAAGACUUAAAAAAAACGAAAUUAAGUUAAUUUACGUUAAAAAAAAAAAAAAGAUAAUUUGAAGAAAUAAAAAUGAAGGAUAUUGCGAGUGUUGAUUAUGUAGCGGGUGAGAUAGAAAUUUUCGAGGACGAUGGAUUGUGUCAAUCAACAAAUAGUUUAAAAAUUACCGUCGAAGCCAUCGAAGAUGACUCACAUGAAACAAAUUUUGGUGCACAACGUGCGUCAUCAAAUUUGAAUUUGGAAAAAAUCACCGAAAACGUUGAAUCAACAACGAUCUGUCAUGCUCGCAGUGAAAAUAUGAUUCCAAUUUUAUUGAAAAAGAAAAAUCGUCUAAUAUCCACCGACAGUGGUUUCGGUAGCUAUGGCCCGGAUUUGUACAGUGGUUCAGUUGAUAGCAUGGCACACAUUGCAAAAAGUGGACCAAAAUAUACAUCCAUUCACACACGACCCAUUGUCAAAAAUACAAUAAUUAACAAUAAUGAAACAGACAGUGCAUCAGAUGAUGAACCAAACAAAGACAUUGAUAAUACCGAAAAAGAUGACAAAAUAUUGCCAUUGAUAUCGGAAACAGCAACCGCAGCUGAACCAACGCAAAGAGUAAAAAAACCGUUGAUAAAAAAUCAACGUAACACAACCAUUAACAGUAUUGACGACAAUUUCGAACUGGAUCCCAAACUCAUAAAUCGUGAUGAUGGUUUUCAGGAAAUACAAUGCUAUAUUAACGAGGACGGUAGUCCAGUUGUUCGUGAAAAGCGACGUAACACUCGCAAAAAAUCCACACUUAAAGAAGAAUUAAAAGCGCGAAGUUUAGGCGCUUCGUUUGAUGAUAAUUUUCUAAUACGAAGAGAUACAAAUAAAACACCAACGUGUGUCAGUUUUAGUCGGCUGUUCAAAAAAUUUCGCGAAACAUUUUGCAAAGAUGGAACAAAGGUGACAACAGUCGUAGCUACCCCCGGCCAAGGAUCAGAUCGUGUACAAGAAGUAUCAUAUACAGACACUCGAGUUAUUGGAAAUGGAAGCUUCGGUGUGGUUUUCCAAGCGAAGCUAAUUGAGGCUAACGAAUUGGUGGCCAUUAAAAAAGUUUUACAGGAUAGACGAUUUAAAAAUCGGGAAUUACAAAUAAUGAGACGAUUGGAACACUGUAACAUUGUUAAGCUUAAAUAUUUUUUUUAUUCAAGUGGAGAUAAGAAAGACGAAGUUUAUUUGAAUUUAGUGCUCGAAUAUAUACCAGAAACAGUUUACAAAGUGGCACGCCAAUUUGCCAAAAGUAAACAAACAAUUCCGAUCAACUAUAUCAGGCUUUACAUGUACCAACUAUUCAGAAGUUUAGCCUAUAUACAUUCGUUGGGCGUGUGUCAUCGUGAUAUUAAACCACAAAAUUUGCUCUUGGAUCCAGAAACGGCGAUACUAAAAUUAUGUGAUUUUGGCAGUGCCAAACAACUGUUUCCAGGCGAACCGAAUGUUUCGUACAUUUGUUCUAGGUAUUAUCGAGCACCUGAAUUAAUAUUUGGCGCCAUCAACUAUACCACAAAAAUUGAUGUUUGGAGCGCUGGUUGUGUUCUAGCUGAAUUAUUACUUGGACAACCAAUUUUCCCUGGUGAUUCUGGUGUCGAUCAACUUGUUGAAAUUAUCAAAGUUUUGGGCACACCAACACGUGAACAAAUUCAUGAAAUGAAUCCCAACUAUACCGAAUUUAAGUUUCCACAAAUCAAAAGCCAUCCGUGGCAAAAGGUAUUCCGUGCUCGUACACCUCCAGAUGCAAUUCAGCUGGUAUCACGGCUAUUAGAAUAUACACCAAGUGCACGAAUCACUCCAUUGCAAGCAUGCGCCCAUCCGUUCUUUAACGAGUUACGAGAAUCCAAUCAACAACUUCCAAACGGAAGAGAUUUACCACCACUAUUCAACUUCACAGAAGCAGAAUUAGCUAUCCAACCUAGUUUAAAUGCAAGUCUGAUGCCAAGAUAUUCAACACAAAAUGAUGCUGCGAGUGCGUCAGACAAAGCGGCAGUGGCCGGUUCGAGUUCAAAUGCACCGACUCAAAGUCCAAGUGGAUCUUCAGCCACGACCGGAGCAACGACAUCAACAUCCGGCCAAAAUUCGUCUGGCGGAAACGGAGAGGCGGCAAGUGGAUCGUCAUCAGCGACAACCGCAGCCGCCGAUUCAACGGCAAAUGCUGCAUCAAACAGCACUAGUCAAACAACAGCUUCGUUAGGUUAGCCAAAUUCAAACGAAGGCCCAUAAAAUCAUAAUUAACACAGUAGAAUGAAACAAUAAAGAAAGAAAGUAAAAAAACAAGCAUUAAACACAGAAAUUAUUUAAAACACUGAUUACAAGAAGCCAUGAACGAAACAUAUAUAUAUAAAUAUAAUAACAACAACCAACAUAAAAACAGCAACAACAAUGAGAUAAACUAUAAAUGUGCAAAAGUUCGUAUCGAUGAUUAUUCUUCAUUUGUUCUUUUUUUAAGUAGUAACGAAUAAUUUCUUUAAGUCGUGCGUGCGCGCACGUUCACACACACAUACACAUAUAUAAUUGUGCGCGCUGCGACGAACGACGGAUGCAGCAACAGCGGCGUUAUAAGAUCACAAUUGAUUAAUUAUAAUAUAGUAAAAGUCAUCACUGUUGUCAAAUGUUAUAAAACUGAGAUACAAAAUGAAAAGAAAACUACACGUCUAAUUAUUAGGAUUGAAGUUACACAUUCUGCUGAAAAAGAAAGAGAAGAAAAAAAUUGUUCCAAACCGUUAAACCAACGAACUGUUAUUUUUUCCUUGGCCGUUCGAAUCAAAUUUCGCGGAAUAAUUUGUUCUGAACUUCUGUACAGUAAUAAAGAGAAAAGAAACAAAUUGUAACAAUUAUAUAUGAACUUUAUUUAAUGAAUGUGAAGAGAAAAAAACACGUAAGCCAAUUUAGAAUUAAAUAAAAUGCGACGCAAAUGGCAAAAACUAUAAGUAUAACAAAAAAAAAUUGAAUAGAGAUGCAAGACAGAAAGUGAGACAGAGAGAAACGAAGAUCGUAUCGAAAAUUGUGCUAAUUAAUGUGGUUAGCAAGUAUUCGCACUCUCACAAGAAAAAGAAAAACAAAACACAUUUAAUUGAAAUCAAAGAAACGAGCGUUAAAGAUCUAUUACAUAAGGAGAACAUACAAAGAUGAACUCACUGCUAGUUUUAGCAAUAGGCAUUUUUUUAAGCUAGAACAAAAAAAAAAAACAAACUAAAAUAAAGAUAUCUUAAAAAUCAUUUGAGUUUUUUGUUCGUACACAAAGCAUCAACAACAACACUACUAUUACUACCACAGUAAAUGCAACGGAAAGAGAAGUUGAACACAAAUAAAAGCAUUCACACACACGUUAUAAUUU